CUGAAGCAAAGGUCACAACACCAGCUAGCCAACAGAGCCAAACUUUACUCGCCGGCAGUGGUAGGCAGCACAUCGAUCGAGAAGAUCCCACGAAUUAACACCUCGCGCGCCAUGUCGUUCCUCCCGAUCCCACUGCCAAUCGUUGGAGACAUAGCCAGCAGGCUGCAUGGCCAAGAGAAACCCCGUGGCGACGACACGACGCCGCCGGCGCCGGCGCGCGUCCUCGGAACCGUGGCCAGCAGGUGGCGCGAGCUCCACGGCGAGAACUCGUGGGAUGGGCUCCUGGACCCUCUGGACCCGCACCUCCGCUCCAGCAUCAUCUCCUACGGCGAGAUGGUGCAGGCCGCCUACGACGGGUUCAACACCGAGAGGCGCUCCCCGCACUGCGGCGCGUGCUUCUACGCCUACGAGGACCUGCUCGCCGGCGUCGGGGUGCCCCACCACGGCAACAACUACCAGGUCACCAAGUUCAUCUACGCCACCUCGUCGCUGCCGCUCCCCAGCUCGUUCCUGCUGCUGCCGCUGCCGUCGCUGCCGGACGUCUGGAGCCGGGAGUCCAACUGGAUGGGGUACGUGGCCGUGGCCACGGACGAGGGCGCCGCCAAGCUCGGGAGGCGCGACAUCGUCGUGGCGUGGCGCGGCACCGUCCAGAACAUGGAGUGGGUCAACGACCUCGACUUCGUUCCCGUGCCCGCCGCGCCCGUGCUGGGCUCCGCGGCCAGCCAGAACCGCCUCGCCGUCGUGCACCAUGGGUUCCUCUCCAUGUACACGUCAAGCAACAAGAGCUCCGAGUUCACCAAGACCAGCGCCAGAGAUCAGGUCGUCAAGGAGGUGAAGAGGCUGGUGGAGCUGUACAAGGACGAGGAGGUCAGCAUCACCGUGUGCGGCCACAGCCUCGGCGCGUCGAUCGCCACCCUGAACGCCGUUGACAUGGUGUCUAGCGGCAUCAACAAGCCCGAAGGCGCCACCAAAUCCUUCCCCGUGACAGCCAUCGUGUUCGCGAGCCCCCACGUCGGGUGCCGCUUCUUCAGGUCGGCGUUCCACUCGUUUCCAGACCUCAAGGCGCUGCAUGUGCAGAACGUUGGCGACGUCGUGCCCCUGUACCCACCUCUGGGGUACGUGGACGUGGCCGUGCAGCUGACCAUAACGACAAUCCGGUCGCCGUACCUGCGUGUGCCGGCCACGGUGGGGACGCUCCACAACCUCGAGUGCUACCUGCACGGGGUGGCCGGGGAGCAGGGCAGUGCCGGAGGGUUCAAGCUCGAGGUGGACCGUGACAUAGCGCUGGUGAACAAGGGUGCCGAUGCGCUCGCGGACGAGCACCCGGUGCCGGCGAGCUGGUGGGUGCCGAAGCACAAGUUCAUGGUCAAGGGGGGAGAUGGGCGAUGGACGCUCCAGGACUUCAAGCACAUCUAAGUUAAGUUACUCGCAUCGGCCAUUCACUAGGAGGAGAGUGGGCGUUGAUGUGAUUCACGGCGCUGUGCUCGUUGCCAAGACCGAGGUUCUAAAUAACGGCUUACGGUUUGUCGACCGUUCCUAGUAUAUUUCCCAUUUUAUGCAAAAUAAGUGAAUGUUUCCAACAAUAUACACUAUGCAUGAGCGACACAUGAAUAUGAUGGAAACACUUCUCCUCGACA